GAAGGUGAAGGUGAAGGACAAACAUUAGAAGUCAAGUCGUGGUUUAGAAAAUUGCUCAUAUUUUAUAAUCGUUUUGUAAUACAGCCGAUAUGAUACCUGUUUGUAGCACAAUUGCAUAAAAUAUAAUAAUCCAUAAGUUUCAUUUACAAUUUAAUAGAGAUAGUAUUUCUUUUUAAAUCUUUAGACUCGGCAAAUAUUACAAUCUACUGCUGGAAAAGCUUUAAAUAUUCACAGAAUGGCCGUUAACUCGGUCGCAUCAAAAUUGAACAGUCGUCAACCUUCACACUCGUUAAGAAAUAUACAAUUGAUUAAGUGGUCUCCCAUAAUAUCGCCAUCGUUAUCUCUGGAGCAAUUGGACUCAAUGUUUAACUCGCAAAAUUCUUGCUUAUUUUCCACUGAAGUAAAUUCGACCGGACCAUCGCAAAAAUCUGAUAAAAACCUAGCUCAUUUACACGCUAUAAGAGAAAUUCUAGUUGAUCAACUACCAACAAUGUUUAUUAGACCCCAGGAAUAUGGAGCCUAUGCAUUAGAUGUGAUAUUUGAAAAUAAUUAUUGGAAUCAGUCUUAUAAAACAGUAGGUAUUAAAAGUUAUGUUUGGGAGAUGGCCAAGAUAAGGAUCUAUGGUCACUUCAAAUUUGCAAAUAUCAAAACUCAUUUAUUACGCGUAACGAUACACGAAGGAGAAAAAGCUAUUCGUAUAAGGUGGAGAAUAACUGGAGUGCCUCAGACACGUGUUUUUCUUCAGUUUUAUAAAUUUCUUCCCGGUAGUAAAUAUUCAAGGGAAAGAGAUGAUGAAUCUAACUGGUUUGACGGGGUAUCGACAUUUUUUUUGAAUGAAAAAGGUGACAUUCAGCAACACACGGUUGACAGAGUUGAAAGGGAUACAGAAGGAGCAAAAGAUGGAAGUGUUUUGAAUACGCUGAAGAAGUUGGCAUCACAGUCAAGUGUAAACCCAACGUGA